CUCGAACAUCUCCAAUUCCAUCCUGUCUUCAACAUUCCACCUCUCACCCAUUCACCACGUUCGCUCUCUCGCUCCUUCUUAUCGUCGCUCGCGCAAGCAGCUUCUUGCGCCAUGGUGAGACGGGUUGAGGUAACUUUCAUUUCACCUUGACGUUGCGCUUGUGGUGGGCGCCUUCUUGACUUGAAAGCCACUAUCCCUCGUCCACCCGCGAAGACUCAAUCACAAUUCUACAGCCCCCUUCACAAUGGCCGCCGAAGUGGAUGUUCGCGCCAUCUCGGCCUUCUCCUCCCUGCCUGAGAGUUCCGUCACUUCCCUCAUCAGUGAGCCGACGCCCGAGCUCGUCACUGCCCUUCUGCGCGCCAUCGAAGCCAAAGUGAAAGAGUUUGAGCAGAACAAGUCCCAAAAGGUCAAACUCGAAAUCGAGCUCGAAACGGUUGUACGGACCAGUGAAUCCAAAGCAAAAGUUCUACAAAACUCGCGCGACAAGGCCCUCGCAGAGUCAAGUAAACUUCGCGUCGAGUUGCAAACAUCAGAAAAUGCACGAUCAAAGUUGGAGACUGAGCUCGAGCAGUACCGCUCUGCCACGGCAAAUGAGAAUUCGGAACUCAAUACUCUCAAGUCUCGGAUUUCUUCCCUCGAAGCCUCCAAUCGAGAUACCUUGGCUCUCCUUGAAUCAAAGAAUGCCGCGUACGAUAGUCUAUCCCAAGAUCUCUCGGCUCAGCACCAGAAAGCUGCAGAACUUCGAAAACAAGUCAACACUCUGGAGCAGUCAGUGCAGUCUGCAAAUGCUACCGUUGCGAGUGCAAGAUUCAAGGAGCAAUCACUUCAGCAAGAAGUAGAAAUGCUGAAGAAAAACAAUGAGUGGCUAGAGACAGAGAGGAAGAUCAAGGCUGACGAACACACCAAUUUCCGAAAGGAAAAGAACGCGCGGAUCUCGGAGCUUUCGAGGUUGAACGAGCAAUACAUCUCUGAAGCUGAGACUCUGAGACGGUCUGAAACUUCUCUCAAACAACGCUUAGAGGAGCAGACGGCCAGAUUUGAAGAGACGCUGGAGGAGAUGCAGAAGGUGCGGGAAGAAAAGAUAUCGGCUGAGGACGCAUUCAGAGUGGAACUCGAGAGCGUGAACCGUCUGGCCGAGCUGCAAGCGGCGUCUGCUGAGACAGCUAAACAGCGCGUUCAGGAAUUAUCCGCUGCUCUGGAGGAAGCUCGUGAGGAGGCGGCAGAAGAGAUUGGCACCAUUCGUGCCGAGAUCGAAACCGAACAUAAUGACCGGGUCGCCGCUGAGCAACGUGUGGCCGAACUCGAGGAGUCUCUGCAGCAGAUGUCAAGUGAGCUGGAACAGGCACGGGUAAGACAGAGCACGCCUCAACGCACAACCAACGGUUCGGGCAUUACGACACCGCUUCGACCUGGAACCCCUAGUGGCAUUUUCUCUCCGGCAUCCGUAUCUAGAGGGAAGUCUCAAAUGACCAUGACUCAACUUUUUUCGGAAUACAAGAAGCUCGAAGGAGAACUGGCCAGUGAGAAGCGUGUUAGGGAGCAAUUGCAAGAGAACCUUGACGCCAUGGUUGACGAACUGGAAAACAACAGGCCCGAGAUUGAGGAACUGCGUGCCGACCACGCCCGACUGCAGAGCGAAGUCGUCGAGAUGUCUGCGAUCGUCGACAAGACGAAUGCCGACCGGGACGCCACAGUGAAAGAGCUCAGAAACUGUCGAGGCCAGCUUGAGAGCAAGUCACGCGAGGUCGAGGUUCUGGCUCAACAGCUUCGAGACAAGGGCUCUGAGAUCCGGUACCUUCUGGUCGAGCAAUAUGUUCGCGAGCGAGGCGAGACCCUCACCCGCGAAGAUUUUGAGGAACUGGAGAGGCAGAGUGAAGCAGCAAUGUCACAGGACAUGGCAAAUCUCUCCGAAAACCAACAACUAAUCAAUCAGCGGCUCAUUGUCUUCAGAAACAUCACCGAACUACAACAACAGAACGAAAAUCAGCUGAAGACGAUUCGAAAUCUCGUUAGUGAACUAGAGAGCAACGAAGCGAACGACCGGGAGCAACAGAAUCAUGCGCUUAGCCGCGAACUAGAGCAAGCUCGGGCACAAAUUGCCUCGUACCAGGAUGAGCUGAGGACGAUGGUUGCUCAGACCAAGAGCUUCGUCAAAGAAAGAGACAUGUUCCGAAACAUGCUCACCAGACGCGGUCAUUUACCUAGCCAAGUCCAACCGAACGACUUCUCUCGGUCGUUACCAGUCCCCAGUGGAGAGUCACCUGCAGGGUCUGUAACCGGUGGCGAUUCGGACUACGCCAAGCUCUUAAAAGAUCUUCAGCAACAUUUCGACUCGUAUCGACAAGAAGCGACCACUGAUCACACAGCUCUCAAGAACCAGGUUGCCGAGCUGAGCAAGAAAAAUUCGCAGUUGCAGGCUGAAAUUAGUCGGACUGUGGGGCAAUUGACGGCUGCUAAUCAACGAUACGAAAUGUUACAGGCCAACUAUAACUCCCUGAAGCACGAAAAUGGGGAGAUCCAGAAGAGAUCGUGGGCCGCUAUGGAGAAUGCGACAAAGAACGAGCUCAAGACGCAGCAAGUGGCCGAGGACCUCGUGGAAGCCCGAAAUCUUUUGGACAGUCUACGCCGUGAUUCCGCAAAUCUCAAGGCCGAGAAAGAUUUGUGGAAGAGCGUGGAACGGAGACUAAUCGAGGACAACGAGUCUUUGCGCAGUGACCGAAGUCGACUAGACCAGCUCAACGCGAGCCUCCAAACAAUCAUCAACGAGCGGGAGCAGACAGAUUCCGAAACCCGACGUCGCCUUCAAUCUCAAGUGGAGUCAUUGGAGUCUGAGCUCCAAUCGACCAAGAGAAAGCUCAAUGACGAAAUCGAAGAGAGUAAGAAGGCUACGCUACGUCGAGAAUAUGAGCAUGAGCAGGCCCAGAAGCGAAUAGACGAUCUCGUUACCAGCCUGGGCACGACGAAAGAGGAACUGGCUUCGGCGAAGACGGCUAAGGACCAUCUGCAAGCCAGGGUUGAUGAGCUCACGGUGGAACUUCGAUCUGCAGAAGAACGUUUGGAAGUGCUGAGCAAACCUGCAGAACCUACAACUGAGUCAAGCGUUCCCGAGGAUACUGCUUUGAGCAAAGAACAAGAGCUGGCGGUGGAAAUUUCAGAACUCAAACGUGAUCUCGAGCUCAAGACGGCGGAACUUGAACGCGCCAACGAACAGGUGGAAGUUUACAAGAACAUUAGCCAGUCAAGCGAAGAACGCCUUCAAGAACUCACUGAGACCAACGACCAGUAUCGCGAAGAAACAGAGGCAGCUCUUGCUGAGAAAGAUGCAAAGAUCAAGGAUCUCGAGCAACGCAUCGAAGAUAUUUCCGCUGAACUCAAUACCACCAAUCAAGAACUGUCACGGCUGCGAGACGAUCAGGCCGAGUUUAGUCGGAAACUCGAUGAACAGAAGGCAGGUUUCGAGUCCGAUAUUGAGCGGCUGAAGGAAGAGGCAGAGAAGAGUGCUGAGCAAGCUCAAUUCAAUCUAGAGGCCUCCAAAAUCCAAGCUCAAAUUGCCACAGAAGCUCAACAAAACUAUGAGACCGAGCUAUUGAAGCAUGCUGAAGCAGCCAAGACAUUGCACACAGUUAGAGACGAAGCCAAUCAAAUCAAACUAGAAUUGGUUGACUUGCGAACACAAGCUGAGACGUCCAAGGCAGAUCUUGAGAAGAAACAGGCCAGUUGGGACGAGAUGAAGGAAAGAUAUGAGAGAGAGCUUGCAGACCUCAAGAAACGACGUGAGGAGCUUGCGCAACAGAACAACCUGUUGCAUGGCCAACUUGAAAGUGUCACGCAGCAGAUUACGGCGCUGAAACGCGAUCGCGCAGCCCUAACGGAAGGCGUAAAUGGGGAAGCGCCUGCUCAACCUUCUGCGGAGUUCGACAAGCUGCAAGAGGUCAUUACUUACCUCCGUCGGGAAAAGGACAUCGUCGAUGUUCAAUACCAACUUUCAAUCCAAGAGGCGAAGAGGCUGCGACAGCAGCUUGAGUUUACCCAGUCGCAACUAGACGAGACGCGAUUGAAGCUCGACCAGCAGCGCCGUUCCGAGGCGGACUCGGAGCGCAACGCCCUUAGCCACAACAAGCUCAUGGACACUCUGAAUGAGCUGAACCUAUUCCGCGAAAGCAGUGUUACCCUUCGAGCUGAAGCAAAACAAGCCACUCAAGCUUUAGCCGAGAAGACCCGGCGUGUGGAGGAGUUGGAAGGCGAAGUACAAUCGUUACAUGCCCGUGUUGCGGAACUAGAGAACCUGUUAGAAUUGAAAGAGGGCGAGUUGAAACUGAGCCAAGAAGACCGAGAUCAUUGGCAACAACGCACCCAAAACAUUCUCUCGAAGUAUGACCGAGUGGACCCUGCAGAGAUGGAAGCCCUCAAAGAGAAAAUGACCACUCUUGAGCAAGAGCGUGAUGAAGUCCGUGUGGAGCUUGACAAGGCUGUUGCCGAGCGGGACGAGGCUCGUACAGCUCUUCAAGCACAGAUCGAGAGCACACAGGCAGCAGUCGACUCUGCUAAAGGCGAGUUGAAGACGAGGCUGGAGACGCAGUUCAAGGGGGUCAUCAAAGAGAAAAACAACACUCUGCGCGAGAGGAAAGUCGAGUUCGAUGCACUGGCGACGGAACGAGAUGCUUUACACAAAGAACUUGAUUCAUUGAAGGAACAGCUGGCCGCAGCCGAAGCACAUCCUGCUCCGGCACCAUCGAUUCAAGUCAAUGGCGAACACCCAGCAACUGCGGACGUUUCAACCGCUAGCGGUGCGGCUAACGCCGACAUUGACGAGCUGGCAGCCAAAGUGAAGGAAUUAGAAGAGACACUGGCAGAAAAGAAUAAGGAGCUCGACGAACUGAACUCCACGCAGGAAGAGAGGUUCAAGUCAAGAGUGGCUGCCAAUGAGGCCAUCCUCAACAAGCGGCUGGCUGAGUUUAAGCAACAAGCCCAGCAAGCGAAAGUAGCUGCCCUUGAAGAGUUAACGACCAAGCUCAAUGCUCAGCAUCAGCAAGAAAUGGAGGCUCUCAGAGCUCAGUCAGUGCCUAUUGCAAGCGAGCUGCAGAAGCCUGCUGAAGAAACAGCUGGCGCCGCUGUUCCCGUCAUCAAUGGCGAGAUUCCUGACGAGGUAUUGCUGUCUCUGCCCGAAGAGAAAGCAAGGUUCCUCGUGAACAAAAACGAAAUUGUGCGACGGAUCGUCCGAGCCAACAUCAGCAAGGGAUUAGAGAAGGAGAAAGAGAAUAUCCGGAAAGAAAUGGCGGAAUCGAAAGGCUCUCAGAACGAAGAUGCCUCUAUGGGACUGCCUGAGCAACUGGAGGAGCGGCUUCAGUCCGAGAAAGAAGCCAUCAUCAAACAGAAGGAAGCGGAGUUCGAGACCGAGAAAGAAGCUUUGAUCAAACAGUACGAAGAGAAGCUCGCUCGGGAAAAGCAAGACAUGGCCAACAAGCACGAAGAGGAGCUCAAGACCCAGAAACUCCAAUUCGACGAAGAGUCGGCUCGGAAAAUCGAGGAGCAAGUCAGGAAUGCCGAGCAGCUGGCGGAGAAGCGAGGCACUGUCAAACUUAACAUGUCUCAGAACAGAGCAGCUCUGGCAACUGCGAAACUGGACGUGGUGAAGAAAGCAGCAGAGGAGACGCCUGACAAGGCAGUUGGAGAAGUAUGGCAGAUUGCCAAAGACGCAAAACCCGCUGCUGCAGGGGCUGCAGUGGCACCAAAGCCGGCAGCUCCUCCCGCUGCUACUACUCCUGCACCAGCCACGGCGAAGCCAACCGUCUCUGUCAAAGCCGACGAGGCUACUCAGCCUCAAAUUGCGGCGCCCGACCAAGCGGCGGCUGCCGAACCUCCUUCGCAGCAGCCUAAACAAAAUUCAUUCCAGCAGCCUGCCUCUCAACCCGCUCAACCCGCUCAACCUCCUCAGACCCCCCAGCCUGCUCGGCCUGAAACUGCAAAGCAGCCUCAGCCCGGCGCGGCCUUGAUGCAGCAACUCCAGUCCGGAAUUCCCCGCGGUGGGUCGAAUCGAGGUCGGGGAAGCGGUAUCCCCAGAGGUCGCGGAGCACCCAGAGGCGGUCGCGGUGGCAACCCAAGUGUACACACUGGCGUUGGCCAACAGGCAGGCAGGGGUGGAGGUGCCAAUAGUCCGAGCCGGGGUGCGUUGAAUCCUCAAGCCGCACAAUUUACUCCUGGUGGUGGAAACAAGAGAGCUCGGGAGGACGGUGAGGUUGCAGAUGGCGGCGGGCAAGGGAAGAGAAUCCGCGGCGAAGGGGCUGCGGCGCAAUAGGCUGUCUGGACAGUCAACUUCUCCGCAAGGGGAAUUCAAGGAUAUAGGGAUGAAGGUCUAUUGCAUGUUAAUGGUAACGGCAAUCGCGGGAUGGUUCUCUGACAUCUGAUUAAAACAAAUGGGCGUGAGCUGAAGAGAAUUUCGGCUCGUUGAAUGGAAAUGCAUGGGGGAAAGAGUGUCUACUAUGUUCUGUACAACAAAAUCAAUGAGGUCGCUUUCGAGCAGAGCCCUUAUUCCACGCCGCCUUCUUGUGCCAGAGCCCCA